GUCAAAUAUGGGGAGAGCAAUUCUCAUGGGACUCGUCACCCUGUUUGUUUACGAAGUAUUUCAGCUGGUCUCGCUCUUUCCGGAUUUGGUGACCCAACAAGAUGAGGAUCGAAUUGUGCUCCUACAGUGGUUACAAGGUCUAUCCUGGCCGUGGCCGCACUUUGGUGCGUGCCGAUGGCAAAUCCUACAAGUUCUUGGACAACCGUUGCCACAAGGCUCAUCUGUUGAAGCGGAAUCCUCGUAAGGUGACUUGGACCGUAUUGUACCGUCGCAAGCACAAGAAGGGAGUUGAAGAAGAGACUGCCAAGAAGCGCACCAAGAAGAGCCAGAAGUUUCAACGUGCCGUGGUCGGAGCCACCCUCCAAGACAUCUUGGCCAAGCGUAACCAGAAGCCCGAGGUCAGGAAGGCUCAACGCGAACAAGCGAUCAGAGCCGCUAAGGACGCUAAGAAGGCAGCCAAAUCCACGAAGAAGCCCGCUGCUGCCGCUCCCGCCAAGGCUAAACCCAAUAAGCCGGCUCAGAAGGCUUCCAAGCCCAUGCAGAAGGCCGCCCCCAGGGUUGGUGGAAAGCGAUAAGUGUGAUGACUUGUUCGAACUUUGAGACUCCUAACAACACCAGGAAAUAAAUUCUUCUUAUGUACGUCCAACAAA